CGUGAACGGGAGCGCGGACGCGGCCGCGAUUGAGCCCCUCCUCGCUCAGCCCUUGCCCGGCAGCAGAGGGAGGGAGACGCUCCCCCGAGACGCGGGUGGGCUCGGUGGAGAGUCGCGGGCUCGCGGGCGGCGCCUCCUCCACUCCGGCGGGCCCGGGUCUAGCCGACCGCCCAUCGUACUGGCUAACUGGCUGACUGACGCGCCUCACCGCCCCCGCCUCCGCCCGCGCCCCGCCCAGCCUCAUCACUCCCUCCGCUCUCCCGGCUCGCGGGCACACUGAGGCUCCUCUCGCUCCCUGCCCCUCGCCUCGGCCCUUUCUCUGCCCGGCACCUCGGCUUCUCCGCGGCGGCGGCGGCGGCUGCAGCCCCCAGCAGCGAGUGGCUGGAAGAGGCAGCCUCGAGGAUGAAGUGCAAGCCCAACCAGACGCGCACCUACGACCCGGAGGGGUUCAAGAAGCGGGCGGCGUGCCUGUGCUUCCGGAGCGAGCGCGAGGACGAGGUGCUGUUAGUGAGUAGCAGCCGGUACCCGGACCGCUGGAUCGUGCCGGGCGGGGGCAUGGAGCCCGAGGAGGAGCCGGGCGGUGCGGCGGUCCGGGAGGUGUACGAAGAGGCGGGAGUCAAGGGGAAGUUAGGCCGGCUCCUGGGCGUCUUCGAGCAGAACCAGGAUCGCAAGCACCGAACGUACGUGUAUGUCCUGACCGUCACGGAGCUGCUGGAGGAUUGGGAAGAUUCGGUCAACAUCGGCAGGAAGCGCGAGUGGUUCAAAGUCGAAGAUGCCAUCAAGGUUCUCCAGUGCCACAAGCCCGUGCACGCCGAGUAUCUGGAGAAGCUGAAGCUGGGCGGCUCCCCGACCAAUGGAAACUCCGUGGCCCCGUCCUCCUCGCCAGACAGCGAUCCCUAAUGAACAGCAAAGAUGUUCAGAAUUGUGCUGAAGCUAAUAUUGAUGUGAACCCAGUGAUGAGUGGAAUUGUCAAGUUCAGGUGAGCACUUCUGUGUUCCGAAGAAGACAGCUCAUCUGAUUUCUUCCUACAUCUUGGGACACUCCUUCCCUGUCUAUACCACUGACUCUUGAUCUGGUUGUUGUACUAUAACAUGGCCUUUUGUUGUGCUUUUUUGAUGUGUCUGCCUUCUUUAUUAGACUAUGAUGUCUUUGAGAGCGAAGACUAUUUUUCCUUACUCUUUGCAAAUCCUGCAUCUGAGAUACUACUUGAAGUAUGGUUGGCAUCACUGAAGGUUCUUUGAUUCAAUUAAUAUUUUGUAAUCACCGUGUGGCAAAACAUUCCCCUUCCAAUCUGGUGCUAGUAGAGUAUAUGCUAUCUAGGCACCAUGUGUGUGGCUUUUGUGUAUCAGGUGUUUCAGAAAUAUUUCAAGGCAGUUGUAAGAUGUUUGAGGACAAGAAUUAUUAUUCCUAUUUCUAUGUCAUACCACACAGUAGCUGCACAGUUUUAAGAUUAUGCCAUCACCUUAGGGUAACGUUUUGUAGAAUCAGUCCUUCGUGUAACAACUCUAGUGUUUUUGUACUGUUGAUGAUUUGCUUAAAAUUUUAUUCAAAAACUAUCACUUGCUAUAAAGGUAAUUGUAAAAAUAAAUACAGUGGAUGCAAGAUAAUGUUGUGAGUUUUUAUAAAAAUAGAUUUUAAAAUGAUAUAUAAAACAUUUUGUUUUGUAAUGCCUGCCCUAACCACUUCUUACAUGUCAUCUUAACAUCUCUUUGAGGAAAACAUCCUCAUUUUACAGAUGUAACAUGCUGUAUUAUUGGAUGCCAGAGCUAGCAGGCUAUAUCAUAGGAAGUUUCCAAAGUUAAUUAUGCCAUUUAGUUGUCUAGGUUUCUUUUGCUUCUUUCACUGAUCGUUUGGCUGUAGUUUUCAUACCUUUUCCAGCGCACACAGCUAACUCCUUAUCCUACCUAGUUCCUGCAUAUGAGAAUGCAGAGGGCUGAGAGAGGGCAAAAUUGUUGUCACUUGGGAAAGGCAUUUAGGAAAGAGGCUGCUGUAAGAGGGGAACACAAAAUGAAGGAUUUUUUUUUAAAAAAGAGGACUUGGAUCAGCUGCCUCCAGGAGAACAACUUUAAGAAAAUAAGAAAGGUGUUUAGAGGAAAUCUUGCAGAGUUUUGCCAUGGGAUAUGUGAUGUCAGCAGUCUCUUCCAGCUCCUUACAAAUGACCCAAAAUGGCUCUAAUAUGGUAGUGUGUUUGAUGUUUUUUCCUUCACGUUAUAAAGCUAUUACAUCAAUAAAAGCUUGGACUCCAUUUUAGUGUUACACUCUUCCUCAUGAUACCAGUGAAAUAAUAAUAAUUUGAAAUAAAAAUGUAACUUCUUGAUUUAUUGUUUUUUAAAUUGUGAUACGGUACUGUGGUUACGUUGUUUAAAAAGAUGUUCUUAUCUUUUAAAGAAGUGUACUGAAAAAUGUCCAGGUGAAAUGAUAGCUACUGGUAUUUGCUUCAAAAUAAUCUGAGAGUGGGGUAAUUGAGUGCAUAGAUGAAACAAGAUUGGCCGCGCAUUGGUAAUUGCUGAAGCUGUGUGGUGGGUGUUUGAGAGUUCAUUAUACUAUUCUCUAUACUUUUGUAUAUGUUUGAAAUUUUCCAUAAUAAAAAUUG